AUGGAUCAUUUGGAUUUGGAGGAUAAAGGUGGUUUGUUUACUCUUAAAAGUGGACGGAGUAUCCAAGACCCUGUGUCUAGGAUUGUGGGUUUUGAAUCACGUGGAACAAGUUCUCUAGGUAAGGAAUUUAAUGGAGCUUCUUCUGAUGAUGUUCAUUCUUCUUCUGUUGAUCGCUUCACAGUUAGUGGAACUGAGUCCAGUAGGUCAUUAGUCAGAAAGCGAUUGUUGUCACCUUUAAAGAGUAUGCUUUUACCGGACCAAUUUAGCGGAGAUCUUCUGGACGUUGGCUUCAGCAAUUCUCAAAUGUCUUUCUCUGCUGGGGCUGACAGUUCUAGCAUUUCAGUAUCGCAAGACCAUAAGAAAGUAAAUGUUGGAAGCAAAAUCCCCUGCACUGCACCAUCUUGGUCCUUAUCCAGUUGCUUGGAUAUGCCAUCUGAUAACAGAAGAAGAACAUCCAUUUUUUUUACAGAUGGCCCUUUGCUGGAAAACAAUGAGCCAAGCAGUCAUAAUAAUUGUUCGAAUAUACCUGGACUUGAUCAUUUCAAUGAAUCAAGCAAGGUAAGACCUCGUAGUGGGGUGAUAUCUAUAUCCCCCAAAAAGCCGAUCUCACCUUCUGUUUCGUUGUCACCUCUCGGUCCAAAGUUGUCUGAAAGAAUAGAAACUGCUGGAAAAUACAGGAAGGUUAAGAAAGAGAUAGAGAAUUGUUGUUCAUCUUUAAAGAAUUUAGAGGAGUCUAUUGACAAAUGUGACUCAGGCAUUAUCUUUGGCCCCAUAGAAGGCGAGUUUAGGUCUGGAACCCAAUCAUUUGAAGGUGUUCACAAAGAGUUUCAUCCAUCUUCUUUGGAAAGCACAGCUGGCAUGAGUUGGCCUUUGAGUCAAGAGUCACCCCCCACAGCCCACUGCUUUAGGUUCAUUAGAAGUUUGAGCGGACUCUCGGUAAGAAGGUCCCUGGUUGGUUCAUUUGAGGAAUCCCUUUUGUCUGGACGUUUAAUUUCUGGAAAAUCCAGCCAGAGAAUCGAUGGUUUCCUUGCUGUACUUAGCAUUACUGGGGGCAAUUUCUCGCCACAAUCACAGAAGCUUCCGUUUUCAGUGACCAGCGUGGAUGGAGACUGCUAUUUACUCUAUUAUGCAUCAAUAGAUCUUGCAGGAAAUUCAUCAAAUAAGUUCAGGGCCCACAAACUGCAAAAAGGUCUUGGACAUGAUGAUUCACAAACUGUCAAAAGCUGUUUUCGAAUUCCUAUGAAAGGGAGAAUACAACUGGUUCUCAGCAACCCGGAAAAGACACCUGUUCACACUUACCUUUGCAACUAUGAUUUGAGUGACAUGCCAGCUGGUACAAAAACAUUCUUGCGUCAGAAGGUCACAUUAGCCUCUGGCGUAACAUCUACAGAGAUGAAACGGGGACAGAUAGGUUUGGACACCAAAGUAAAAGAAAAGAAUGGUGAAGUUAAAGAAAGUGAAGGUUCUAAUUUUGUGGAUUCACUAGAUAAAGGAAAUCCAACCAAUCAAUCCCAAAAAGUCAGAAGCAUUCCCUCCUAUAUCCUUGAGAAUAAGUGCAAUAAUGGUGUGUGCCAGAAGAUUGAUCAGAAGGACUACACCUGCAUGGGUGCAUGCCAUGGAACCAACAAGAAAUCAAGUCAUGGUUGUUCAAAGGUUAAUGAAAAUGGUACUGGUGCUGGUGUUCUGCGUUAUGCUCUUCAUCUCCGUUUUUUAUGCCCUUCUCCUAAGAAAUAUUCUAGUUCAGUUCAGAAAUGUAAAUCUCUACCACAAAAAGCAUGCUUAGACUUGGAAAGGGAACGGAGGUUCUAUUUAUAUAAUGACAUGAGGGUUGUAUUCCCUCAACGCCAUUCAGAUACUGAUGAGGGCAAGUUGAAUGUGGAAUAUCAUUUCCCAGAAGAUCCGAGAUACUUUGACAUCGGCAACUGAAAAUGUCUAGUAUAACUCACCAAAUAUCAUGCUUUCUUUGAUUGAAUUUGUAAAUAAACAAUACAUGUUCUUUGUUAGUCAUCUCAUCUCGAAAUGGCACUAACCCUGAUCAACAACUUGUACAGAUUUUCAUUUCUCUAAUAAUUUGAUGGGUUAAUACAUUUUUACUUGGCA